CGCAUGUUGCAUGACAGGUACCACGCAAGCCUCCAUCUUGGGCUUCCCGUGCUGAGGCGAAAGGGCAGCAGCCAUAUACACACUGAUUCCAAAAUAACAACAAACCGGGCGAGGACAACAGAAUGGGAAAGAAAGAGAGCGACUGGUCUGGAAGGCUCUGUUAACGACUGUUUUCUACUGUCAGCUUCACUUGCUCCAGUUUACCAAGGAAUUGACAGGUGACAGAGCCAAACGGCUCAUCUUUCAUCAGUAUGGGGAUUAAGGAGCUCGCCAUCUUCCUCCUGGUGCUGUCUCUUUGUCUAGAGGGAGGAUAUGCCAAAGAAAAGGGAACAAAGAAGGGAAAGAAAAAGGGGAAGCAAGUUUUUUGUCCAUCAGAGCUGUCAGCUGAUGAUCUGGCACGAGUUCCUGAAAAUACAACCAGUAACAUCUUGAACAGGUUACUGUUAACCUAUGAUCCCAGAAUAAGGCCCAACUUCAAAGGAAUUCCAGUGGAAGACAGAGUGAACAUCUUCAUCAACAGUUUUGGCUCCAUCCAAGAAACAACAAUGGAUUACAGAGUGAACAUCUUCCUGCGGCAGCGCUGGAACGACCCCAGACUGAAGCUACCUGCGGACUACAAGUCUGAUUCCCUCACCGUUGAUCCCACGAUGUUCAAAUGUCUCUGGAAACCUGACCUGUUCUUCGCCAACGAAAAGAGCGCCAACUUUCACGACGUUACCCAGGAGAACCUCCUCCUCUUCAUUUUCCGUAACGGAGACGUCCUCAUCAGUAUGAGGUUGUCCGUCACCCUCUCCUGUCCGCUGGAUCUGACUUUGUUCCCUAUGGACACCCAGAGGUGUAAGAUGCAACUUGAAAGCUUUGGCUACACCACAGACGACCUGCAGUUUAUGUGGCAGACAGGAGACCCGGUGCAAAUGGACCAAAUCGCUCUGCCACAGUUUGAUAUGUCACAAGAAGACAUUGACUAUGGGAACUGCACUAAAUUCUACGCAGGAACAGGGUACUACACUUGUGUGGAGGUUAUCUUCACCCUACGGCGACAAGUUGGCUUCUACCUGAUGGGUGUUUACGCCCCAACGCUGCUCAUCGUAGUCCUCUCCUGGCUGUCCUUCUGGAUCAACCCUGAUGCGAGCGCUGCCAGGGUGCCUUUGGGCAUCCUCUCGGUGCUCUCUCUGUCCUCCGAGUGCACCUCCCUGGCUCAGGAGCUGCCCAAAGUGUCCUACGUCAAGGCCAUCGACAUCUGGCUCAUCGCUUGCCUGCUGUUUGGUUUUGCCUCGCUGGUGGAGUACGCCGUGGUUCAAGUGAUGCUUAACAGCCCGAAGCGCAUCGAAGAGGAGAAGGCCAAGAUGGCGGUGAAGGAGAAGGCACUGGGAAACAUCCCCGAUGCCAAGAACAACACGGUCAACGGGACCGGAGGGACGCCGCUGCAUGUCAGCACCUUGCACGUGGCAGAGACUCGCUGUAAGAAGGUGUGCACGUCCAAAUCAGACCUGCGGACCAACGACUUCAGCAUCGUGGGCUCGCUCCCGCGGGACUUUGAGCUGUCAAACUUCGACUGCUACGGGAAGUCCAUCGAUAUCGCCGCUGCUCUCAACAAAAGCCAGGCUAAAUCAAAGAAAAGACCUCCUCCCCCGAAACCAGUCAUCCCCUCUGCUGCCAAGAGGGUGGACCUGUACGCCCGAGCCCUCUUCCCUUUCUCCUUCCUCUUCUUUAACGUGGUCUACUGGUCCGUAUACUUGUGAAUAUUUUAAAUCUAUCUUGUAUUAUCCACCACCACUUCACUCGAACACAUUCAAAGUGUUUUAUUCCAAAGUGAACAUUGAGUGCGUUUACAUGCGUACAUUACCCAAGUUUUUAGUUUUUUUCUAUUGUAUUGAGGAUAUGCCAUUUACAAGGACCAUGAACAACCUGCCUAUUCGUAUCUAUCGUUACAGUAUCCAGGUUUUGAUCCUCUGCCAGCAGGUGUUCUCACCUUACCCACUAUGGUCUGUUAUCAAACAAUCUUUUACAACGUGGGUACAGUGUUAAAAAGCUUAGGUAUAUUCGGUUUCUAUUUGAGUAAUCCAGCUAGCAUAUCCAGGUUUCUGAAACCGGGAUAUGACGUUUACAUGCUCAACAGAUAACAGGGAAACUCCGCAUCACAGCCAGGAUGCGCAUGGUGUAAACGCACUCAUAGACAAAAUGUGAAUCUUAACCAUACAAAAUAUCUAUCGACAAAAAAAGAAAGUUUUCUGGAUUAUUAGUACAUUUAUAUUUACAUAAAAAUAGAUGACUAUAAUUGUUUGUGUAUAAAAAGAAAUCUUAUUAAUGAAUCUUUCUCUACCUACAAUGAUUAUGUAGCAUAUUGUAUUGGAAACUUUAUUUAUUGAUGAUGGUACUUGAAGGCUAAUACAGGAUUGUAGAUAUAACUGAUGUGAAAUCCAAAAAGAUUGAUUGCUUAACAACAAGGCAGAAAAUGCGCGGAUCUAUAAAAGAGCAUUUGUAAAUAGCUUUUAGAUUUUUUUCACCUUUGCCAAGCGGGAGUCGGCCCCGCACGUUUAUUAAGUUACGAGAUUUUAUUCAAACUUCAAUUCAAAGUGUUACUCUGUAAUUAAAUUGCAUGUUUAAAAGAAAUGCAUGUAUAUGAAGAGAGAAUCUAAAUAUAUAUAGAUAAAGUAUUUAUUUAAUUGUAUUAUUCCUGUUAUGAUUUGCUCUUGAGAAGAUACAUGGAUAUGUAAAACACCGUUCCUGUUCAGAUGGUUAUGUGACACUGCCACUUUUCCAACAAAUGUAAUAUUUGACACCUCCACCUGUAGCGUUUGUAAAUGGGUCACCAGGGAACUGUGACCAUGUGUUUUGUGAAAUUUACUACAAAGAAAUAAUAAGUUAUCAAAUGAAUUUUCACCAUUAAAAAUGAACACAAAUGUAA